AUGGUUCCUGCUCCCGUACCAGAGAUCCGGCAGAAGCAAUUCCAAGCUCCCGGCCAGGGUUCCUCCCAAGGUCCUCACGUCCCUCCUCUGGUGGACAAGACCACUCAUCAACAAGGGCUGCUUCUUCAAGGAACCUCAAAGGCUGACUAUCACCACCGAUGCCAGCCUAUUCAGAUGGGGAACCCACUUCCGGUCUCUCUCAUCCCAGGGGAGAUGGACUGCAAUAGAACAAUCAUGCAGUAUAAAUUGGCUGGAGCUUCACGCCAUUCUCCUGGCCCUGCACAGCUUCCUCCCCCAGGCCUUCAGAGAGAUAUGCUAAGAGUACCUCUAAAUGUAGACAGAAUGUCUUUUGUUUUCUACCAGACUACUCAUCUCUGGCUCGCAAGCCGAUUGAUUUUCUUUGUUAUUUCACUGGCUUUAAAAGAGAUUAUAGUAAUGCCAUUUUAUAAAACUUUACCUUGCGAUGUGAAUAAUAUAAAAGAUACUUCCAAAAUGUAUUUGCAAGUUGACUGCAGUGACCGUAAACUCAUAGAGUUUCCAAAAGGCAUUCCUGACAAUGUUACCAACCUGACACUUGCUGUUAAUCACAUUUCAAAGAUUUCCAAAAGCCAUUUUAAGAACCUGAAAAACCUUCAAGAAAUUGAUUUCAAAUGCAAUUGUGUGCCAGUCAGGCUGGGACCUAAAGAUCACGUUUGCACCCAGGGUCUGAAAAUCCAAGCUCAUGCUUUCUCAAAACUCUCCAACUUAAAAUCACUAUAUUUAGAUGGCAACCAGCUCUCAGCAAUUCCCCAGCAUCUCCCACCUAACCUACGACUUUUGAGUCUUGAAGCUAAUUCCAUUUUUUCUAUCAAAGAAAAUUUGUCAGGACUUAAAAACUUAGAAGUACUCCAGCUAGGGCAGAACUGUUAUUAUCGCAACCCCUGCAAUAUAUCUUUCGAAAUUAAUGGAGCAGCCUUUCAACCUCUCACAAGUUUGAAAGUGUUGUCUUUAAAAGCCAACAACUUAUCAAAGGUCCCACAAAACCUACCGUCAAACUUAAGAGAACUCUACCUUUAUAAUAACGCAAUUCGAAAUAUCAACGAGCAUGAUCUGUCUUCUCUGAAUAAUUUGGAAGUGCUUGAUUUAAGUGGAAACUGCCCUCGUUGUCACAAUGCCCGAUAUCAUUGUAUUGAAUGCCCAGGAAGCAUUAUAAUCAAUCCCAGAGCCUUUGACUCAUUGAAGCAUUUAAAGGUCCUGAGGCUGCACAGCACCUCCCUUCAACAAGUAGACUAUCAUUGGUUUAAAAAUACCAGGAACCUUCAAGUGCUUGAUCUUUCACAAAAUUAUUUGGCUCGAGAAAUUCAGCAAGCCCGUUUUCUAUGGUUUCUUCCUAAUCUUGUGGAACUUGACUUAUCUUUCAAUUAUGAACUAGGUUCAUACCCAUUAAAUUUUACUUUCCCUAAAACAUUUUCCACCCUGUCCAAUCUGCAGUCCUUAAGAAUAAGAGGAUUUGUUUUCAAGGAACUAAAUCGAAACACUAUACGCAGUUUAAUUCCUCUUAAAAAACUUAAUGUCCUGGAUUUCGGAACCAAUUUUAUCAGGAAUGCUGACAUUGCUAUGUUUAAAGAAUUCCAGAGUCUUAGAACAAUAAUUCUUUCUUUUAAUAAAAUAUCUCUUUUUUCAUAUGAGCCAAAUAACAGGCUUUACUCUAUUCUCAACUCAUCAGAUGAUCAGUAUAGUGGCAACAUAUUGAAAGAUGUGCAAUAUUUCAGGUAUGAUGAAUAUGCUCAAAGUUGCAGAUCUAAAGAUACAGAGGAUAUUCAUUCCUUGCCUUUUGUCAAUGAGACUGCAUGCAGCAACUAUGGAAAAACACUUGAUUUAAGCAGAAACAAUAUUUUUUUUAUCAGAUCUUCUGAUUUCCAGCAACUUUCAGACCUGAAAUGUCUUAACAUCUCUAAUAAUGCUAUGAGCCAAGCUUUGGAGGGAAGUGAAUUUACUCAUCUAUCCAGCUUGAAAUGUUUGGAUUUAUCUAACAAUCGAAUUGAUUUGCUACAUGUGAAAGCUUUUGAAAAGCUGAAAGAACUGGAAGUUCUAAAUCUUAGUGAUAAUAGCUAUUAUUUUAAGGCAGAAGGUGUCACACUUAUGUUGGGCUUUACCAAAUACCUGGUUAAUCUGAAAAUACUGCUUAUGAAUGGCAAUGAGGUUUCGGUAUUCACUGAUAAAGGAAUGGAAAGUGAUUCCAUCAAAAUAUUAGAAUUUAGACGAAAUCGCUUAGAUAUUUUAUGGAAGGAUGGAACUAAUGAAUACUUGGCACUCUUCAAGAAUUUGACCACCCUGGAAAGUCUUGACAUUUCUGAGAAUUUUCUGACUUUGUUACCUCCUGAUGUAUUCUACAAUCUGCCUCCAAAACUAAAAAUAUUAAAGCUGGCCAAUAAUCGAUUGAAGACUUUUAACUGGAGGCAUCUUCCAGCACUAACAAAUUUGGAAGUCUUAGAUCUUAGCAACAAUCAGCUGACUACAGUCCCCUAUGAACUGUCCAACUGUACUAAGACACUUCAGACAUUCAUAGUGCAAAACAACAAGAUUAGAAAGCUGACAGAUAAUUUUCUCAAAGAUGCUUUCUUCCUGAGGCAUUUAGAUCUUAGUUUUAACAGGAUCAAAACAAUCAGGAACUCUAGCUUCCCCAAAAAUGUUAUUAAUGGACUAACAACAUUACUCUUAAAUGGUAAUCCUUUCAAGUGCAACUGUGAUAUUGUGUGGCUUGUCCACUGGAUCAAUGAGACAAAUGUAAAAAUCCCUUUCCUAGCAACAGAUGUGACUUGCGCAGGGCCAAGUGUAUGGAAAGAUAAAAGUUUGAUUUUACUAGAUUUUUAUACUUGUGAAUCAGACUACUCUCAGAUCCUCUAUUUAUUGUCAGCUUCAUUCAUCAUAAUUUUCGUGAUACUUCCAGUUACAAGCCACCGAUAUUUUUGGGAUGUCUGGUAUAUUUAUCAUUUCUGCACUGCCAAAUUAAAGGGCUAUAAACGUCUCUUUUCAUCUGAGGUUAAAUAUGAUGCUUUUGUGGCUUAUGAUAAUAAAGAUAAAGCUGUAUCAGAAUGGAUCCUGAAAGAACUAAUUGAGAAACUGGAAGAUCAGAAAGAAAAAAAAUUCAGUAUAUGUUUAGAAGAAAGAGACUGGCUACCAGGUUACCCACUCAUGGAAAACCUUAACGACAGCAUAUACAUGAGUAGAAAAACAAUAUUUGUGCUGACAAACAGCUAUAUUGCAAGUGGCAACUUCAGAAUAGCUUUCUAUAUGGCACAUCAGCGUCUUCUAGAUGAAAAGGUAGAUGUAAUUAUCCUGAUAAUUCUUGAGAAGGUUCUGCAAAUGUCAAAGUGCCUCCGUCUCCGAAAGACCUUGUGUAGUAGAUCUUGUCUUGAAUGGCCAAACAACCCUCAGUCUCAGGCUUAUUUCUGGCACUGUCUUAGAAAAGCCCUCGCAGCAAAUAAUGAGUUCAGAUAUAACAAGCUUUUCAAAGAAAUGGUAUAACAGUCAGUUGCAUUCUCAGAACACGUUUUGGAAAUCAUAGCAGAUGUAUGGGAUGAGGCUGAAUCUCAAUCUCUAUACUUGGUAGAACCAGACAAACUUUUGGUUAUCUGAGGAAAGGUGCCCAGGAAGUUUAGUUCCAUAACUCAAUUUUCCAUUUAAUAACUGUUGGGUUAUGUAGGAAGCUUAUGGUGACUUUUAUGAAUUCCCCCAAUCUAAGCAGGAAAAGUGAAACAGAGGAGACAGAUUCCAGUUACAAAUUUUCACAGCAAGAC